UACCACAUUAGCUCGCUACGUGGUUAUCACAACUCGGCAUCUGUUUUGGAUACGCUGACUGUGGCGCUACAACUGUUAGCGUACAAGAUAAGCCCUUUUCAAUCGAAUUCAUUAGACUGCGGGAUGUAUAUGCUACACUACAUGCAUAAGGUAGCCUGGUCCAUCUCAUGA